AUGUGCACCGCAGGCUAAAUGCCGCUGUCGUCCCGCGGUGCCUUCGUGAGUCCGGACGGGCCCAAAGCAGCAGCCGCCAUGGCCUCAGUGUCUCGCCGCUGCACAUCUGUCAGACUCUCCUCUUUGGCUGCUGUCAGCCUGCUGCUCCUGAUGGCGGCGGGCACCGCGCAGUCCUCUCAAGGCGACAAGGAGCCGGUGUACCGGGACUGUGUGAAGCUGUGUGUCCGGACGAACUGCACAGGAGCUCGGCUGCGGGGCUUUGAGUCCACCCAGCCGCAAUACAUGGCGCUGACAGGUUGGACGUGUCGUGAUGACUGUCGAUACCAGUGCAUGUGGACCACCGUGGGCCUUUACCAGGCGGAGGGUUACAGAGUCCCACAGUUCCACGGCAAGUGGCCGUUUGUUCGUUUCCUGUGUUUUGAAGAGCCAGCGUCUGCGCUGGCGUCCCUGCUCAACGGCUUGGCCUGCCUUCUCAUGAUGCUGCGCUACCGGAGCACGGUGCCGCGCCAGAGCCCCAUGUACCACACCAUCAACGCCUUCUCUCUGGUAUCUCUGAAUGCGUGGUUCUGGUCCACAGUGUUUCACACCCGGGACACCUAUCUCACUGAGAAAAUGGACUAUUUCUGUGCAACAGCAGUUAUUCUUUACUCAAUCUACCUGUGUUGUGUCAGAACUUUGGGUCUGAGGCAACCUGGGAUAUCCAGCAUGGUGGGAGUUUUCCUCAUCUUGAUCUUUACGUCACACGUGUCCUACUUGACCUUCGUUAGCUUCGACUACGGCUACAACAUGGCUGCCAAUGUCACCAUCGGCAUGGUGAACCUCCUGUGGUGGCUCUGUUGGUGCUGGCAGAACCGGCGGACGCUCCCGUACUGGUGGAAGUGUGGCCUGGUGGUGCUGCUGCUUCACGGCCUGGCCCUCCUGGAGCUGAUGGACUUCCCCCCGCUGCUCUGGGUCUUAGACGCUCACGCAGUCUGGCACCUCAGCACCAUCCCGGUGCACUUCCUUUUCUACAGUUUCCUGAUAGACGACAGCCUCUACUUACUAAACACAGAGAAGAUGGGUGUUAAAGUGGAGUAGGAGGAGCCCAUCGCCUCUUCAUCACGCCUCCACCCCCACUCCUCUUCAGUCAGGGCAG